AUUUUCUACAUUUUUAAACGUUGUCACCUGGUGUUAGGGUUAGAGUUGGGUUUGGGUAAGGAUGUCAUUUUAUGUAAAUCUAACCCUAAACUGAAGCGACCAUGGUAAGAAAAUAGGACGAAACAGUUGAGUAACAAAUUCGUGAUACGAUCACCAAAACUACGUGACUAUAGGUAUGCACUUGCAUAUAUGUAUUUAAGAAACAUUUACAUAUAUAUUUAUUUAUUUAUUUAUUUUUAAAUAUAUUUUAUAUAAUAUAUAAAUUACAAAUAUACAAAAAUAAAAAAAAUCUUACAUUUAUACAUCUGUGUAUUUAUAUAUAGCCUAAAUAGUAAUUAUACAAAAUACACACAAAUAUAUUAUGCAAACACACACUUUUAUUUUUUUUAUCACAAUUAAUCUUUUGACUGUUCUAGUUUUUAUAUAUUUACUGAAGGAAAUGUACAAACUCUCUUCAUGGAGCAUGACCUUUACCUAAUGAUUUUUGGCAUAAAAUCAAAAUCGACCUUUUUACCCAUACAGUGUAUUGUUAGCUAUUGCUACAAAUAUACACAUGCUACUUAAGACUUAAGACUGGUUUUGUUGUCCAGGGUCACAUGUAAUGGGUCAAUUUCACACCAAUCUAAUAAACACCAAAGAAAAGUGUUUGUUGGAGUUUGUCAGCUCAGUGUGAUUUUCCUAAAAUGUUUUUAUUACUUUUAAGGAGUAACUUAUUUUCUGAUUCAUUCUGGAUUUGUCCUCAGAUGUCCAAAAGACUUUCCUGCUUAAAAAAGCCUUCACAUUGCAAGCCUAUGAUAACUUAAAAUACUGUCAGCUCACUAAAGUUUCUGGUUGUGAGCAAUGGGAAAAAUCAUCCUGUUUACUAAAGAUGAAAACUAUAACAGAAAAAUAAAAUGUAUAAUAUGACAUGAGACUGAGAGAUGCUUGUAUCUUCUGUCUUUCUUCAUGAUGUAAAGUUGCUCUCAUAAAUCAACUGCUGACUCUCAACAUGUAAUGUGAUCUGUUUGUUAAUGCAGGAUUCACAAACGUACACACACACACACACACACACAUGCACGCACGCACGCACACACACACACGCGCAUGCACGCACGCACGCACACACACAUGCACACACAUGUUGGCAUAUGUGGUUUACGGGGACAUAGAUGCAAUGCAUUUUAUACUAUCCAAACUGUUAUAUUCUAUUCACCUACCCCAGUCCCUAACCCCAAUGUCACAAAAACCAUUUAGUAUGUUUUUAUAACGUUUCAGUUUAUGGGGACACCUCCUGUAAACCAUGAUUAUAGCAUAGUUAACAUGUCAUUAUACGCAACUAUUCAUGUCCCCAUAAACCAACCCACACACAUGCAUCUUCUGUUAUUACAAUCAUUAGUUUUGAAUAUGCUUCAGCACUAAACACCACAUAAGAAAUAGGAAGCAGGUAUUGUGUUGAAAUGCUGUGAUAUGUGAUAUGAUGAAGUGAUCUGGUGGUUAAAUGUAAGUUCAGUAGAUGCUGAGUCACAGUUGUUUUUGCCGGCUCUAUAUUUCACGCUCAGUCGCUGAACUCUGACCCCGUCUAACAAUAAUCUACAUGCAUUUUUCAUCAACCUGUGAGCCGCUAUCUGUUACAGCUGCACCGCUGUGGACUGAGAUCAGCAUCUCCACUUCUUCUUCUGUUGAGAUGUUGUCAAGGUUCAUUCAAGCUUCUCAUCCAGAUCUUCUGCUGUUGUCACCUGAAGUCUUCUGAAGAAUGGACUUUUGUCUUUACUGAUCUCAUGGCUUUUGCUCAGGGUUUCUAUAAAAUCAGUCCAGCAGAGGACACCAGUGCAUCUCUAAAGAUCUUCCAGCCAUGUCUUCAUACAUCCACUGGGAUUCCUCCACAUGCGCUGACCACCUGCCCAAAACCAUUAAACACAGCGGCUGCUCUGAUGUCAGCUCCAGUAACACCUGAAGUUAUCUGUGACUGCUCAGAUGUAACUCCUCAACACCAAACACUUCCUCUUUAUAGAGGAGGAAUCUCUUCACCCUUCUCUCUUCACCUCACACACCCGAUGACACCUCUUACACCCUACACCCCUACAAACACACACAUGAUGACAUCUCCUGCUUGUCUUCAGCUGUUAAGAGUUUCUGAUUUACCUCUCUACACACUGUCAGUGAUCAUGCCUUAUCUUCCUCAAAACACUCUCAUUGACCCUAAAGCAUCUUUAAAAGAGAGUCAUCUGGAGGAAAGAGACGUCACUGUUGCUGCUUCUAAGAGCUCGUCUUCUGAUGUCUCUGGGUUCAGAUUCUGGCCAUCAUCUCCAUCACGGCUGGCAUUAAGAACAACCCUCAUAUCUGCUGUCAUCAUCCUCUUAGUCUGUACUACUAUAAUAGUGAAAUUGGUGUGUUUCCCGAAUAAAAUGCGAGACUUUCACACAGCUGCUGGUGAUAAACAAAACUGCAGCAUCACACAGAUGCCCUUCAUCUCAGGAAAAUAUCCGGCAAAUCUCACAGUCAACAUCACCUCAGAUUGCUCAUCUUCAGUGAGAGAUGUUUCUCGUGAGAUGCGUAUCGUUGGUGGCACAGACGCUGUAAGGGAUCAGUGGGGAUGGCAGACUAGUUUACAUUGGCAGGGUAAACACGUCUGUGGAGGAGCCAUCGUAACUCCUCGCUGGGUCAUCACAGCCGCCCAUUGCUUUGAAGAAUAUAACAUGAUGGAUGAGUCUGAUUGGGUCAUUGUGGUUGAUACUGUGAGUCUAUCAGAUUCAUCUCAAGGGAAACGCUAUAACACCCUGCAGAUACAUCCUCACCCCAAAUUCUCAAAGGAUAACAAUGAUUACGACCUGUGCCUAUUGCGCACACAGUCUGACAUACAGAUGGAAGAUGGAGUGAGACCUGUGUGUUUACCUCACGUGAGAGAUUCAUUUCCACCCGGAUCGUCCUGCUGGGUCACAGGUUGGGGUUACACACGAGAAGGAGGUUUUUUGUCUCCGCACCUGAGGCAGGCUUUGGUUCAGGUGAUUGGUGAUUCGUUGUGCUCACAGUCAUUUGUCUAUGGCUCUCUGCUCACUCCCAGAAUGCUUUGUGCAGGUGUUAUGGAGGGAGGAGUGGAUUCAUGUCAGGGUGACAGCGGAGGUCCUCUGGUGUGUAAAACUGAAGCAGGUGACUGGAGGUUAGCCGGUGUCGUUAGUUGGGGUGAAGGUUGUGGACGACCCAACAAACCCGGUGUCUACACUCGAGUCACUCAACUUCUGCAAUGGAUCGAUCUUUAUAUUAAUGAAGGCACUUAAGAGGAAUUCUCAUUGACUACUGCACAAGAUAAAGCAUUUUGAAGGACAAGAUCAUUCAGUAUUGUGUAAUAAUGGUUUUAUUUUAAAAUAGAUGAUAAAAACAAUCAUUCUAGUUUCAACAAUGUUACAAUUUAAUAGUUUUAUAUUGUUUAUCUCUUCUAUAUUGUGUAUA